CGCCUCCUACUCCUGCUGCUCCUGGCCGUGGCCCUGCCUGCCAGGGCUGCCCAGGCUGCUCCGCUGCAAGCGCGGCGAGCAGCCUGGAAUCAUGACAUGGGUUUUCAGGAAGUCCUCAUGAAGCAUGGUUUGAAGUUCCUGGAGGAUGCUCGAGCUGAACCUGCCGGUGAAGGCCCCACAUCCAGGACUGAGGCUCUGGGAGAUGCUGAGGGUGUGUCUGCAGGGAGGAGAUUCAUACGUCCUUUGGUGGUUAUUGCUGACAAGACCAGCUCCCAUCACAGUGGGAAGAUCCAAAACACAAGAGACAAGAUAUCCCUGGAACCAUCCAAACAGACGAGGCAAGUGCUGAAGAAAAUGCUGCAGGGAGGACAAGAAAUCAAAGGAAAGUCUCUGCAGAAGGAAGCAUUUGCCGGAGGAAGCAGUGGUUCUGUGCCAGCCUCUGCUGCAGGAAGGGAGGCGAUGCCAGGCACAGGCACAGGAGAUGAGGUUGCUGGGAAGGCGUCUCCAUCAGCUUGGAUGAAUAAAGUUUUGAAGCCCUUGGAGCCUCCUGCAGAUGUGUCUACAGGGAGGACUUCUCCAGCUCCUACCUUGGAUUUUGCACUCAAGCCCAGCUCCCAUCACAGGGGUUCUCCGACAGGGAAGAUCCUAGACAUAACAGAUAAGAUAUCCCUGGAACCAUCUAAACUGAUGAGGCAAGAGCUGAAGAAACUCCUGCAGACAAGAGAAGAGAUGGACAUAGUGCUUCAGUGGAAGGUGGCAUUUCUUGAAGGAAGCACUCCAUCUUCGGUGCCAGCCCCUGCUGCAGGAAGGAAGGCAAUGACAGACACGGGCACAGGCACAGCAGACUGGGAUGCUGGGAAGGAUUCUCCAUUAGCCUGGCACUCUGAAGUUGUGAAGCCCUCCGAGCAUUCUGCAGGCGUGUCUGCAGGGACGCCUUCACCAACUCCUACCUUGGAUGCUGCACAAAAGUCCAACUCCCAUGGCAGGAGUCCUCCAACAGGAGAGAUCAAAGACAUGGCAGGCAAGAAAUUCCAGGACCCAUUAGAAGUCAUGUGGCAAAUGCUGAAGGAAUGUCUGCAGAGAAGGCAAGAAAUCAAAGGAGAGCCUGUGCAGAAGGAAGCAUUUCCCGGAGGAAGCAGUGGUUCCGUGCCAGCCUCUGCUGCAGGAAGGGAGGCCAUGCCAGGCACAGGCACAGGAGCUGAACCUGCCGGUGAAGGCCCCACAUCCAGGACUGAGGCUCUGGGAGAUGCUGAGGAUGUGUCUGCCGGGAGGACUUCUCCAGGUCCAGGGCUGGAUGCUUGGCCCCAACCCAGCUCCCAUGGCAGAGUGACGGACCAAAAGGCUGUUCAGGAGGAGGAACACUCAGGAAGAAGCAGUGGCUCAUUGGCAGCCCUAGCUGCAGGAAGGAAGGCAAUGACAGACACGGGCACAGGCACAGCAGAUGCAGCCGGCACCACAAGACCUGUUCCCAAUGCCCAGGAUGGCCUCGGAAGGGGUUUCUGUCAGGGAACCAGCUGCUGGCUAGGGUUACUGCCAGGCGUCCUUUGUUUGGAGCUUGUCUUCAUGUUGUGCUGCUUUGGAAUCGGGUAUUCCUGGAACAGAAAACAGAGCACCUCGGGACACGAGUUGGAAGACGGUGGCUGCACCUCACAGCCAGACAGCGUGAGCAGCUCCUCCAGCAGCAGUAACGGCCUGGACAGCCCUCUCAAGUCUUCUGUGAAGAGGACCCCAGAACAACAGUCUACGAGGGAACCUCCUUUAACCCUGUAGAUCCCACUGCCACCUGCUCUCCCCAUGGGCCUCCCCAAGCUGCCUUCAUCCCUUUUUUUAUCUUUGUCUGUCCCUUCCCAGCCAACUCGAGUACCUCUAGGGACCCCAGGACCAGCCCAGCACCCUCCAGCCCUUCCUGAGACCAACACAUCCCUUCCUCUGCCCCUGAGCCCCCUGGCCUUGCCCUCUUGGAAUCACGGAAGGUGACA